CGGUUUACGUCAUUAACGUAUUACGUUGGCCGGUGUCGUGUGUAUUUUGCAGAAUCACCAUGGCGUUGAAAGAAACCGCGGGGCUCUAUGAGACACUCAAAGCGGAGUGGAACAAGAAGAACCCCAACCUGAGCAAAUGUGGAGACCUCCUGAGCAAACUCAAGGUUUCAUUACUGGAGCUGAACUUUUUACCAACCACUGGGUCCACAUUCUCUAAGCAGCAGCUCAUCCUAGCCCGUGAUGUCCUUGAAAUCGGAGCCUUGUGGAGUAUCCUCAAGAAGGACAUCCCCGCCUUUGAGAGAUACAUGGCCCAGCUAAAAUGUUACUACUUCGAUUACAAGGAGGAACUGCCUGAUGCUGCCUACAUGCACCAGCUGCUCGGACUGAACCUGCUCUUCCUGCUCUCACAGAACCGUGUGUCUGAGUUUCACACAGAACUUGAGAGACUGAGCGCACGAGAUAUUCAGACCAACGUAUACAUCAGACACCCGGUGUCCUUAGAGCAGUACUUGAUGGAGGGAAGCUACAACAAGGUAUUUCUUGCCAAAGGCAACAUCCCUGCUGAGAGCUACAACUUUUUUAUAGAUAUUCUGCUUGACACAAUUCGUGACGAGAUUGCAGGUUGCAUAGAGAAAGCAUACGAGCAGAUCCAGUUCAGUGAAGCCACCCGCGUGCUUUUCUUCAGUUCGCCAAAGAAGAUGACAGACUAUGCCAAGAAGAGAGGAUGGAGUUUGAGCCAAGAUGGCUAUUACUCUUUCACCAGUCAGCAGCAGCGGACAGAAGAGGUGACCAUCCCCUCCACGGAGCUGGCACAACAGGUCAUCGAAUAUGCACGACAGCUGGAAAUGAUUGUGUAAUCCGCCCCCAGGAAACACACUCAACCAUGUACAGACACACUCAGACACACGCCGCUGAUCCAGUAUACAUCCAGUCGGCUCAAACGCAGUUCUCCUGAGGAAUAUGAAAUUCAUUGAUUGCCAGAGUGGAUUUGUUGUUGCCCCAUACCUCAAAAAUAUGUCACCGUUUAUUAUUUCUGUAUUGUUAAACCUGUCUGCAGGCUCUUCCUGUCUGGCAGUUUGCUUUCAUUUUUAAAAGAAGGGGAACAAAAGUAACAGUAUGACAGAUGACCAGUGUAUUCAGGAAUUUCUUCACAUCUAUCUUUUUUGAAGAAAUUUGAGGGUUUAAAUGUAGUAGUUAACUUUUUUUAUCCAAGAUGCCAUCUAUUCCAACACUGAAAUUGAUCUUUUUAUGGCAUUCCCAGCUGGUGACCAAACAAGAAGAACUUAAGUCCAGCUACUACAUUUAAUACUCUUGGGUUUCAGCUCGUUUUAUUUUAGAAGUACGAGAAAGUUAAUUACGACCUCCACCCAGUGACUUUGCCUUUCUGUUUCACACAAAACUAUCAACAGAACUAAACACCACCCCCCAAAUUCGAGCAAACUCUUUUUGUAUCCUAGCAACUGAGAGAAUUGCCAUUGAAGUUUGAGUGUUUUCUAAAUGGUAAUGCCUCUUCCUCCCUAGAUGGUUUGUAAUCCAGUUAAUCUUAAAAUGAAAAUCUUUGUCUGCAAUAAAUGAUUCAGAAAAUAAACUUGAA